AUGUUUAACCGCGGCAACCUCCCGUUCGGGAGCAGGCCUGACGCUGGAGCACCUCGGAGAGAUGGAUACGGACCGCCCCCCGGCCAGCAGCAUCCGCCGCCCGGCUAUGACCCCCGGCAAGGACCGCCCGGAGGUGGCUAUCCUCCCGCGCAACAGGUGCCCGCGAGGAGACCGGCUCCCGGGCCGGCCCCUGGCGGCGGCGGUCGCGGCGGUCGCCAGAUCCAGCUGAAGCCCGUGAAGAGCCCCGGCGGAAACGCGUAUGCUUUCGGUAACGUUGUCGCCGUCUCGCGUGCCGACUUCCCGCCCUCCCCCGACGGUCACGAUAUUUACAUUCUGGUUAAUGGAAACUACGUGCUUUCCGCGAGGCCCACCGAGACCUGCAUGCCCGGCGAGAUUGGCCUGACGGACAGGCAGCGUACGUGGGCAGGCGUCAGUCUCGGUCCUCACGACAUCGUCAUGGUUCAGAAUUACGACCACUUUGGCGAGGGCGGCGGCGCCUACCUGGCAUCCGUGGACGUGGAGGUCGGCUUUGCCGGACGUAAGACCACGGAGGUGCCCUACGACCAGGACGAGCUCGGCCAAUUUUUCACGAGGAAUUUUGAGAACCAAAUCCUGGCGCCUGGCCAGCAGCUCCUCAUGGACCACAAGAACAUCCCUCUCACCCUAGUCAUUCGCGCGGUCCGCCUCGCGGAUCUGACGAUGGAGAAGGCCAACACAGAUACGCCGCCCAUCUCGGACCCCCGCGCCCGUGGCAUCCUGACCCGCCAGACCCAGGUCGAUUUUUUCAAGAGCGCGCAGUCCGAGCUCAAGCUCAAGGGCUCGUCUCGCAGGCCGGCGGCCAACUCGAUCGUGCAACCCGGCUUCAAGUUCGAGGACAUGGGCAUUGGCGGUCUGGACGAAGAGUUCAGCGCCAUUUUCCGAAGAGCUUUCGCUUCCCGUAUCUUCCCGCCCGGCCUCGUUGACAAGCUCGGCAUCCAGCACAUUCGCGGCAUACUGUUACACGGCCCGCCCGGUACCGGAAAGACGCUGAUCGCGCGCCAGAUCGGCAAGAUGCUUAAUGCGAGGGAGCCCAAGGUCAUCAACGGCCCCGAGGUGCUGAACAAGUUCGUCGGUCAGUCGGAAGAGAACAUCCGUAAGCUGUUCGCCGACGCGGAGAAGGAGCAGAAGGAGAAGGGCGACGAGAGCGAGCUCCACAUCAUCAUCUUCGACGAGUUGGAUGCCGUCUGCAAGCAGAGAGGCAGCGGGGCCGGCGGUGGUACCGGCGUCGGCGACAGCGUCGUCAACCAGCUGCUGUCGAAGCUCGACGGUGUCGAGCAGCUGAACAACAUCCUCCUCAUCGGCAUGACCAACCGCAUGGACAUGAUCGACGAGGCCCUUCUGCGUCCCGGGCGUCUCGAGCUGCACAUGGAGAUUUCCCUGCCCGAUGAGCACGGCCGUCAGCAGAUUCUAAACAUCCACACGUCCAAGAUGCGCAACAACGGGGUCUUGGAAGACGACGUCGACGUUGCCGAGCUGGCAAAGUUGACCAAGAACUACUCAGGUGCCGAGAUUACCGGAUUGGUCAAGGCGGCGUCGUCGUUCGCCUUCAGCAGGCACAUCAAGGUGGGAACAAUGGCGACCGUCCAGGACGACGUUGUCAACAUGAAGGUCAAGCGCGUGGACUUUCUGAAUGCACUCGAGGAGGUGCGUCCCCUGUUCGGCGUUGCCGAAGAGGAGCUCGAGAAGUGCAUUAGGGGCGGCAUAAUCCACUUCUCGCCGACGAUCAACUCCAUUUUGGACGAGGGCAAUCUCUACAUUAAUCAGGUCCGGAAGGGCGGGUCGCCGCUCCUGUCUGUCGUGCUGCAUGGCCCGCCCGGAAGCGGCAAGACGGCGCUGGCGGCGGAACUGGCCAUGAAGUCCGAAUUCCCCUUCAUCAAACUGAUCAGUCCCGAGGACAUGGUCGGGUACGGCGAGAUGCAGAAGGUGCAGCUGCUGGACAAGACGUUCCGAGAUGCUUACAAGAGCCCGAUGAGCGUGGUGGUCAUCGACAACAUCGAGCUGCUCGUUGAUUGGGUGCCGAUCGGACCGCGGUUCAGCAACACGGUUCUCGUGGCCCUGAAGGUGUUGCUCGGAAAGCAGCCACCAAAGGGCCGGCGGCUGCUCAUUCUCGCCACGACGACCGAGCGGUCGGUGCUGCAGCAGCUCGACCUGUUCAGCCGGUUCGACGCAGAGAUCCCGGUGCCGAACGUCAACAGCCAGCGCGAGCUGGGGUUCAUCUUGGAGGAGUCGCGUGCGUUCCCGAGCAGCGACCAGGUAGCGAGCGCGAUCAGCGAGAUCCAGUCCACGACUGGCAGCUCAGAGGUCGGGGUCGGAAUCAAGAAGAUUCUGACGGGCAUCGAGACGGCCAAGCAGGACCCGCAGGACAUGGCCGGACGGUUCGCAGCGGUCAUGUCGCAGGCCAUUGCCGCACGCUCGUUUGCAUGA